AUGCCCCGCCAACGACGCGCCUCCACAACCUCCACCUCCUCCCUCCCCCCCACCCCCGGCGGCCAAGAAAUGGCCUCCAUGUACGAUUACCUCGCCAAAAUCAUCCUGCUAGGGCCCUCUGGAUCCGGAAAAUCCUGCCUCCUCCACCGCUUCACCAAAAACGAGUUCCGCACCUUGACCUCCCAAACCAUCGGCGUGGAAUUCGCGUCCCGCAUCGUCAAAGUCGGCACGCCCGGGCGACGGAAACGGGUGAAGCUGCAGCUCUGGGAUACCGCGGGCACGGAGAGGUUCAGGAGUGUGAGUAGGAGUUAUUACCGUGGGGCGGCGGGGGCGGUGUUGGUGUAUGAUAUUGGGAGUAUGGGGAGUUUUAACCAGUUGCCUACGUUCUUGGGGGAUGCGAGGGCGUUGGCUAGUCCGAUGUUGACGGUUGUGCUGGCGGGGAACAAGGUUGAUUUGGAGGAGGGGAGGGGUGGGGGGGAUUUGCUGGGUGAGGAAGACGGGAGUUUGGGGUCGAAUGAGGGUGGUGCGGGAAGUGGACAGAGGGCGACAGUGUCGGAGAGUGGGAGGGCGGUAUCGCAGUCGAUGGCGGCGAAUUGGGCGAAUCAGAACCGAAUACCGGCGAGUAUGGAGGUCAGCGCGUUGUCGGGAGAUGGUGUCGAGGAGGUGUUCAACAAACUCGCGAGGACCAUUUUGACGAAGAUUGAGCUUGGAGAGAUCGACCCGGACGAUCCCAUGAGUGGGAUACAGUACGGCGACGCGGACUACUACCGCUACGACGAUGGCGGUUCGAGCAUUAAAUCUGGACUUACCGCCGAUGCCUACGGGACGACGCGGAGACGGCGAAGAGGUGGUGGCUGGGGUGAUGUGUUCAAGGUUGGAGGAUCGAGAAGUAAUGGCGGCAAGUGCUGUUGA